AUGAAACCGUCGACCACACCGAGUGCUGGAGACAGCCCAGCUAUGACCCGAGCCGAGAAAAUGUACAUUGUCAAGGCGUUAUUCGUCCGAUUUCUGUUCUGUCUUCACAACUUUGUGGCAAUAUGGAGGACAAUUACUGUGAUAGGAGACCCCUUGUACUGGGUCUACUGCAGCACCUACCUAUUGGUGAUAGUAGAAACAGCCUACUGUCUCAAAAUUAGGAAAGGCAAGGAACAUUCAUGGAUGUCGCUAUGUACGUUCGUGUUUACACUGAUAAACGUACCCUGUAUUUGGAGACUUGAGCUAGACAAGAUAAAUGGCACGCCGAACCGUAACAUAUCGACCGCCGAGGCACUAAACAUACUGUAUGGGGAUGGACUUUCCGUGAACUUAACAAACGAGACUUGGGUGUUUACAAUUGAACAGACAUUUCUCCUUUUAAUCAUCUUCGCUAGAUGGAUACUUCCCAAAGGAAGACUUACCAGAGACAAACUCUCCCAGCUUCUUUUUGUCUUUCUCAGCAAGGCAUCUGACGUUACCGAUUUUUUCCAGUUGUUUGAUGAAAACCAGGUGAAGCGCGACGAUGUAGUAGUGUAUUCUAUUCUCAGCAUCUGGACUCUCAGUGUUCUUCAGUUUAGCCUUGUGUUGACCGAAACAAAAGACAAAGAAACCGGAAGUGACGACAUUCAGAAUGAAAAUCGUAUAAUGAACACCUGUCUGGAGACCGACGUUUGGAGUAACAUCGUCUCACUGGUCAUGGAAGAAAUCCCUUUUUUUGUUGUGAGGAUGUACGCAAUUGCAACGUACAAUUUGGUGACUUACAGUAUAAUUUUCUUUGCUGCAAAGAACAUGUUAAUGAUUACUAUGCUGGCGUAUCGACUCUUCAGUGUCUUCAAUGACGUCCGAGAGACACGAGUGCUUAAAAAUAACAGAAUAUCACCUUCAAUGAAUCGUUUAUCUGGUACAUUUCGGAAAAUGGAGGACCCAUCUAACAAGGUAGUAAAGCGAGAUGCUUUUGUCGAUACAGGAAGUGACACAAAUCCCGGAAGUGACGUAAAGUACCUGUCCAAAAAUCGACCAAAAAGACGUCCGGAAACGUUUGUUGUUGGUAUCGAUGAUUAUAUCAAUUCUUAG